CUGGGAACAACAGACAGAGUUACAAUUUCAGCGCUAUAAGCUUAUUCUGGUACAGUGCUAAUACGCGUGCUACCAUUAAUUCCAGCAAGGUAGUCAAGAAUUUUCAAAAGAUGGUUGUUAUUCCUGUAGUUCUUUUUGCAAGUAAGUGAUUUUUCUUAUCCUAGAAACUAUCUUGCUUGUUUGAGUGCGACGUUAAUGAACAAACAUGAUGAAAUGGUUCGUUAGAAAACGUUUUCAGGAAUUUCUCGCACGGAAAUCCUAAGUUGUUGAGGUUUCUAGCUUACAUUUUCGUUGGCAGAGUGUUGGGUUUGGUCGAAGAAAGCAGAGAGAUCGAUAACUUUAAUUGUGCGGGCAAUUGGAAUUUAAAUAAACCGUAAACGAAUGAAGCCUUCAUGAACGAGUUUUUGUAUGAAUGAAUUUUAAUGAAGCACUUCGUAGAUAUGUGAAAGUUGCAUAAUCAGUUGGCAAGAGGACCUCCUGGAUUAUCCGCGGACUCCUACCUCUCCCAGGUUCACCGAGUCAGUUUUUCGAUUUUUAAAAGCUAUGACAACCGUUCUUGUCAUUUUGAAUUCGUGCUAUGUAUCAGUGUAACAAUUCCACAUUCAAAUUAGAUGACUGGAAUUUCAUAAAGCAAACAUACCCAAGACGUAAUUAAAACCACCUUUGUUUUUUGCGUCCAGCAUUAUUCAGAUUAUUUACUUCAAUGGAGUUUCAUGAAUACAUAAGAGAAUUUCGGAGUACAUUUCCGCUUGUGUUCAUGGCUGCGACGGAGACAGAAAAUUCUUGAUACAUAGGAGCGACCGUGGAAGUACAUACCUGUGUUCAUUAUUGUACACUUCAUUUCUGUUUCCCUAAGUAAGUUUUGCAUUAAGCAACUUAUCUGUUUUUCGGCGAUUAUAUAUGACGUCUGUUUAGACGGCAUUCCGCAUAUUUAGGAAAGGAUGAGUUUCAGCUAAGAUAUCGGAUCAUGUGUACUAUAGGUGGCCUCGGUCGAUACAUCGGCCGAUAUAUCGGUCGACUAUCGACCGACUAUAGGUCGACUAUCGGUCGACAGUGGACUGACUAUCGGUCGAUAGUCGACCGAUAGAUCGGCCGACAGUAGACCGAUAUAUCGGCCGACAGUCGACCGAUAAAUGUGCACAUAUCGGCUGAUGCAUCGGCCGACAGUCGGUCGAUAUAUCGGUCGAUUAUCGAUCGACUAUCGAGCAACUAUCGGUCGACUAUCGGUCGACUAUCGACCGAUAGUCGGUCGAUUGUCGACCGAUAGUCGGUCGAUUGUCGGCCUAUAUGUCGACCGAGGCCACCUAUAGUACACAUGAUCCAAGAUAUCUCCCCUGAACGAAAUAUUAGUGAUGAAAGAAAAACAAACGAGAAGACGAUAGGGUGAUGAAAACAAAGAUGUUUAGAGAUUGUGUCAUUACUUAGGAAAAUAAUUUUGUUGUCUUUUUUGUUCACAUCAUGAAAUUAAUUAGUGCUUUGACUGGUUUUACUGACCUCUAAGCUUGUGGUGUAGUUUUAACCACAGAUAUUACUGACAUUACUCUAUUUUGCGAUUUUUAAUUUUUCUCAGCUCUCCUGUUACCAGUUCAUUCGUCGAUAACAGCAACUGUUACCCCUACCUCUUCAUUCACCCAUGUUAGAAGCAGCUCAGGUCAAAUCUCAUCAAGACGAGUUUCCCCCCGGGGUUCUGUUGUGGUCUCUACUAAUACUAAGCAGCCCUCAUCUCCAGUUUCUCUUCCGGUCAGCCCAAGUUUGAGUCUACAGCCCACUGGGCCGGAUGCUUCUUCCCUGUCUGUUAGUAGCCACAAGACCUCCUUAGUUAGUCCAACCAGGUCUGUCACUGUUCAAACCAGUGUUGUCACUGUUCAAACCGGUGUUGUCACUGGUCAAACUAGUGUUUUCAUUGGUCAAACCAGUACAGUCACUGGUCAAACCAGUAUAAUCACUGGCCAAACCAGUGCAGUCACUGUUCAAACCAGUGUUGUCACUGGUCAAACCAGUACAGUCAGUGGCCAAACCAAUACAGUCACUGUUCAAACCAGUGCUGUCACUGGUCAAAGCAAUACAGUCACUGGUCAAACCAGUACAGUCAAUGGCCAAACCAGUACAGUCAGUGGCCAAACCAGUACAGUCGCCGUUCAAACCAGUGUUGUCGCUGGUCAAACCAGUAUAGUCAGUGGUCAAAGCAGUACAGUCACUGAUCAAGUCAAUACAGUCAGUGGUCAAACCAAUACAAUUGAUGUUUCGCCCACUCGAGCAUCACCUGGUGUAAGUGCCUCAGUACCGACUGGUAAGUUGAUUUCCCAUUUCUUUUUUACUUGUCACGCAAUUUGUUUGUUACACAACGCAUUCCUCCACAGGUUCCUGAGGACUCGAAUUUUACAGAUCGCUUGGUUUUGCUCAAGUUUGAUUUCAACGCUAUUAUGCGAUCAUCACAUCCCGAAAUUGUUUUGGGAACACAACUCUUCUACAAUUUUUUUCUACUUCCUGGCCAGUUUGGUUUUCUGUCUUUGUUUUUUGUCUGUUUGGUUUGUCGUCCUUUGAUUUUGUUAUGACGGUUUUUCAUAAUGUUAAAAUUUUACUUUUGUAUGCAGAUGUUAAUCCAUGCAAAAGGAACAACGGUGGCUGUGCACACUAUUGCACAAGACUUAACAGGGAAUAUAACUGCAGUUGUAGUUCAGGUUUUAAACUGAAUGCCGACCGACACACCUGUACAGGUAAAAACGACUUAGAGAUACAUAUAAUUAAGACAGGAUAAGGCCACCAUAUCUUAGGCUCGGUUUCUACUGUUUGCUCGAAAGCGGUCUUCGACCCUUCUAAGAAGGAUAAAGGGAACGCGGGCUCAUUUCCCAAACAGUGGCUAAAAUCCAGCCAUCGGAGCAAGCUUUUGUUGUCAUAAUAGAAUUACGUAGCCUAAAUGUUUUAAAGGUAAACCCAUCUAGCCGGCUAUGGUAGGCAUACCGUAUUAAUCGGGUAUGCCUCAUCUUUACCGCUCUACGUAAGUCUGAGUGAUAGGUGUCAUUUGUUUGCGUUCUGUUGGUAAACGAAAGCAAACGCGCGGCAAGCGAGUGGAAAGCGCGAGGCAACUGCGUGGAUAGCGUGAGGGACGAGACACGCACAAGUGUUGGAAAUGACCCCAGUACCACAGGCCAGCUUUACAAAGUAUUACCGUAUCCAAACAAGUAGUUUGUUUCUUUUGCUACUGUCAGUGUUCUCUUUCUUUCAUUUCCUUUUUUUUUUUUUUUGAAAUAGUCCCUGUUCUUCCCAACAGAAGGAGAAGAGAAAGCGAGGCCUCGCUUUCUCUUCUCCCUCUGCUGCCUUCUUUUUCUCCAUGGUGUUUUCUUACUCCUUCAAGCCUAUUCUAAGAUUUCAUUAUCUAAUUCGGAAGUCGUGAAGCCUUCAUUUGUCAAAACAGUGUUAAUCGGAUACCAGCUGAAGGUUAGCGACCCGAAUGAUUUUAUAAAACGGUUACUUCCCCCACACCACUGACCAAAAUGCUGUCUUUUAAAUCUUACAGAAAUAAACGAAUGCAACAGCACGACUAACAAACAUAAAUGUGCGCAUAUUUGCGUGAAUACUGUGGGCAGUUAUGCGUGUGCUUGUCGCACGGGACACAAGCUUGAAAUGGAUGGUCUGACAUGUAAAGAAGGUAACCAUUAUACUUGAUGUAAAGUGCAAAACAAUGGACGUACACUUUUGACGUUAAAGUAUCGCUGACAGUUUGUGCCAAACUGAUAUAAAAGCGUUAGGCCUUCACGCUUGAUCAUAGGUCCGUUGUCUUCAAUUAUUUCGCUUAAAAUCUAUCCUGUCAAGGGACGAGGUUUGAGGGCGAAACAUCGUAACUGAACAAAAUAUCAAAGCAAAACGAAACAAAGUAAAAGAUUAUUGGCCAAUCCCCAUAUCACCGGACUAUUUCUUUAACCCUUUAACUCCCCGAAGUGAUUAACAUGUAACUUCUCUCAAGGAUAUCCAUACAUUAUCCAGAAAACAGGUAGUGAGAAUAAGGGAAAGGGAACUUCAGGAUCCACUCCCCUCCCCCCUUGUAGCUACGUCCAUGGUAAGAGAUGAUAUUUCUCAGAAAUACAAACCUGCAGUAAAUGGUGUUUUUUUGUACUAGUCACCACAAGUUCGCCCCCAGAAGCUGCUCAAAGUCACUACUGGGCAUGGGUCGUCUUUGGAGUUGCCGUAGCACUUGUUCUACUAUCCAUCGUCAUGUUAAUUCUAGGAGUAAUGUGAGUACAUUAUCAUCUAAAAGGACCUUUUUGUAAAUAGUUGACCAUCUCUUCCCGUAAAGUAGGAUCCUAGUGACACCAGUAUUUCGUAUUACUAGCUGGGCUUGGGUGAUCGUCGUUUCAUGAUAUCACAGCAAUCUAAGUCUAUGUUGCUUAGGGUACGGACCUAUUUGACGAGAUCUCUGUACCCUGGCUGGUUAUGAGUGUUAGGUUGUUAGGCAUACAAUAACUAACAACUAGUUGUCCCAUUUUGUUAUUGCAAAGUGCUUAGAAAGACUCUCAACUACUACUUUUUUCGGUGUUCGUUUCCCGUUUGUUGUAAACCAUAGAGCUUCUUUCCAAUUUAUUUCAACAAAUCGUCUGUUGACGUAACAUUCUCAUCGCUUUAAGCCCUAAACUCCCAUGAGUGACUAUAUGAGUGAGUGAAUGUAUAUACAUAGAUAUAUAUAUACAUAGAAUUUGCGCCUUAGAAGUCAAUAAAUUAUUAUUAAUUAUUAAUUAUUAUGAGUGACCAAAAUAGAGUUCUCCUUACGAUGUCAAUACCAUAUCAAGCAGACAAGUGAUAACAAUAGAGAAAAAUAGCAAUUAAUUGACCAAAUGACAAAUUCUCCGAGCCAACUUCUUACAAAUUGUUCAGCAUACAGUAAGGAGAAUUACUAAUGAGCUCUUGGGAGUAAAAUUGUUAAAAGCCUUCUUUUUUCAUCAAGGAAAGUUUCCAUUCGGUUCAUUCUUGGGUUUUCAUACCAAACCGCAUGACUACUUUGGCAAGCGCUCCCUCUUGUGUUUGCGCGCGCCUAGUUUCUUCCUUGCGGGCGCUGUUCUGAAUCAAUCGCAGUUGGUUUAAUCGAGCGCCAACGAGGCUACGCCAGUGUCGUUCCAAGGGUCUCUCCUCCUUCCGCCAGAAAGACCUUGCAUGGGAGUGAGGUUGAUCGAGCGCUUAUCAUUGUAGGCUAGCUUAAAUUCAUCUCGAGAAUACUUGCUGUCUUACUCACUCACUCAGUGAUUAAGGAUUGAUGAGCUUUUGAUUUAAUUUUCUACGCAGUUCCAAGCGAGUGGUGAACAAUAGGAAAAGACGAGAAAUUUCAGGAGUCCGGGAGCUGACUGAAUUAAGUACUACUCAUCCAGUGGCGGAACCCAAUCCCGUUGAAAUCGAGCCUUGAGUGGAGAAACAAUAACUUACUGUUAAUUUGUGAUUGUGAAACCGACGACAUUUCUUAUCCCGUCCCGAGAACCGCGAUCCUUCAUGCGAUGUUAUCGCUAGGUUCUUGAUCAUUAGAUCGAUAGAGUGGGCGUGCUAAAUGUGACGGAGGUCUGGGAAGAGAUAGCAAGAGAUAGCCUGCAAAAUUCCUCCCCGUAUACCCGCCAUUUUUUGCUGACUGGUGUUAUCGGCAGUAACCACAAAGAGUCUAAGAGAGUCUUACAUUCUGAAUAAAACAUCACUUCCUUGACAUCUAAAUGGCUGUUUAUACAAGUAAGUUGGGAAAAUUCAGGAAAAACGACUUUCUAUUAAACCUGGAAAGUAACGAUUCUAUGGCCGUCUGGUAACUUCACCUUGCGAUAUUUAAAAAUUGAGGAAACUAAGAAGUUAAAAGUCGUGCGUACAUAUUUUUGCUUUGUUGCGUUUUGUACCACUUUUAGCCAUAUAGAGGAGAUUAUUUUUCAUUAAAAAAGAGUCGUCUUUAUAAUGUUCAUCCGCCCACUGUCUGUGCAAAUUUAAAGGAAAGAUAACAUUCUAGUGGCGUUUGCUCUGCUAGGCACGUCGAAGUCCAGACGUUUUGUUUCUGGACGUGCUUCUUUUAAUAAAGAUC